AUGCCUUCCCCAUCCAAGCCCACCAUCUCCAAGUCAGGAACUCGAAAGAAGAUUGUGCCUCACGUACCCAACUCCUCUCUUCCCAAGACUGCCGCUCCCACGACCUCAAAUACCGUAAAGAAGGAUGACCUUUCCAAUACAAUUCCAAUAAAAGAGAAUUCCCCUUCUACUCCAUCUCGUGCUCCCUCCACUGCUCCUCAAUCCUCUGCUCCUCGGUCUACCAUCGGUACGUAUUCUAUUCCAAAUUCACUUUCACUAUUCUUCUUUGAAGAUGCAAGCACUCAAGCAAGCCCUCUAGAUACAGUCCAGCUCCAGCUCCAAGAAGCUGACAGUAAGGGACCCCCUAUCUCCUCCCCCGCGAUAUGGAGUGAGGAUGCUAGAGAGGACUAUGACUCCGAGCUAGACCCAGGCGAAGACGAAGAGAUGGAGGCAUUCGAACACCAUCUCGUGGCCCACCGAAGCACCUCUGAAAGCGGUCUUGCCGAAACAGUUCGCCAUGUCAAUGCCUUCCUUGAUUCAACCAAGGAUAAACACAGCAUUGAAAUCCCUACCGUCCGCCUUCGCGACCAUUCCAACUUUCAUGAAUGGAAAAUUGCGGUCGAGCUUCGACUUCGAAUGCACCAGGUCUGGUUCCUCUUUAGAGGUCUUGACGACGGUGAUAAAAUCACCCCGGUCCCAAACGAUCACAAGCUUUCCCUCUGGUACGAGCGUAUGGUCGACGUUGCAUCCGCAAUCAUUUAUUCGAGUGUCUCUUCCGACAUUCGGAAGCAGCCUUGUUUCCUGGGAUCUAUGUGUCGGCGAGAUUUGGAAGAUAUGAUGAUUCACCUUAUCUGUCACUAUGCUCAGGAUCCUGAUGAUGUGUCGGAUUCAGAUUCUGAUGAUAUUUCAGGUUCGGAUCUCGAUUAG